UUUGAUUCAGCCCAAAGCGCUUCAUUCACUUCAACUUCAAUCCCUAGCCUCCCAGGCGAGUUCGAGUUCCCUCCUCUGCCCUCCACAGCUCCAGUCGUCGUCAUUGCUCAGAUAAUCGGAAUUCUUCCCCUAGUCGCCGUGCUCGAACUGUUUGGCCGUUCCGUUGCUCGGGAUUGCUGAUUUGCGUCUCCUUCCUCUACACUCUUCACAUUUUGUCGCCUGAUUCUUCCUCUAUAUUCUUCUACAGCAAAAUUCUUUCCAGCAUGGGUGAUGAAUCCUUCUCGUAUCGUAUGGCCGCUUAUCAUCUUCCUUAGCGUACCUUAAGUGGCUGACUGUAGUUUCCAGCUGUAAGGGACCAUGAGGACUCUGAGCCUAUCUCUUCUCCUUCCUCCAAAUUUCGCUCCUUCUUCAUACCCCAAAGACCCCAACUUUGAGCGUCUCAUUCUCUCUCGCAAUUUCAGUGUCCCGCAACUCCACAAAGCCAUUUCCAACCUCGACCUCACCCCUGACCACCUCCACACGCGCCUCAGCCUUCUCAACUCCUCCGUUCUCCUCAAAGCAUGCAUCAGGUCUCGUAAUUUUGAGCUCGGAAAGCUCAUUCACCGCAAGUUGAUCGAGUCUGGACUCGAGCUGGAUUCGGUUCUUCUCAAUUCGCUCAUCAGCCUCUACUCUAAAUGCGGCGAGUGGGAAACAGCACUUUCCAUAUUUCAAAGUAUGUGUGAUAAUAGGAGAGAUUUGGUUUCUUGGAGUGCUAUGAUUUCGUGCUUUGCCAUUAAUAACAUGGAAUUCGAUGCCCUUGUCACUUUUCUUGAUAUGCUUGAACAUGGGCUUUUUCCUAAUGAGUAUUGCUUUACGGCAGUGAUCAGAGCAUGUUCUAAUGCUCUGUAUGUUUCCAUUGGGCGUGCAAUAUUUGGUUUUGUAUUGAAGACUGGAUAUUUGGAUUCUGAUGUGUGUGUUGGAUGUGCAUUAAUUGAUAUGUUUGCGAAGGGGAGUAGUGAUAUUGACUCUGCCCGUUUGGUGUUCAAGGAAAUGCAGGAUAGAAAUGUAGUUACUUGGACCCUGAUGAUUACGCGAUUUGCACAACUGGGUUACCCUAGAGAUGCCAUUGAUUACUUUUUCAGAAUGUUACUGUGUGGAUAUAAACCAGAUAGGUUUACUCUAACUGGUGUUGUAUCAGCUUGUGCAGAGUUGGGAUGGUUAUCACUCGGGCAGCAAUUACAUUCAUGGGUUGUAAGGUUGGGACUAGCUUCAGAUGUGUGUGUGGGUUGUAGUUUGGUCGAUAUGUAUGCAAAAUGUUCAGCGGAUGGAUCAGUGGAAAAUUCUAGGAAAGUAUUUGAUUGUAUGCCUAGUCAUAAUGUUAUGUCUUGGACUACACUUAUCACAGGAUAUGUUCAAGGUAAUGGCCAAGAUCAGGAAGCCAUAAAUUUGUUUUAUGUCAUGAUUCAUGGUCAUGUGGCACCAAAUCAUUUUACAUUUUCUAGUGUUCUCAAGGCUUGUGCAAAUGUUCCUGAUUUAUGCAUUGGUGAGCAACUUCAUGCCCAAACAGUUAAACUUGGCCUUUCCUCAGUAAAUUGUGUAGGAAAUUCUCUUGUUAGCAUGUAUGCUAGGUCUGGAAGAAUGGAAUGUGCUCGGAAAUCAUUUGAUAUUCUCUUUGAGAAGAAUUUGAUUUCUUAUAAUACACUUGUUGAUGCCUAUGCUAAAUAUUUCAAUUCCAAAGAAGCCUUUGAAUUUUUUCAUGAAAUUGAGGAACACACUGGUCUAGGGGUUAAUUCCUUUACAUUUUCUAGCCUCUUAAGUGGAGCUGCUGGUAUUGGUGCGAUAGGUAAGGGUGAGCAAAUUCAUGCUCGAAUUCUCAAGUCAGGAUUUGGGGCAGACCUGUGCAUCAAUAAUGCUUUAAUCUCAAUGUAUUCCAGGUGUGGAAACAUAGAAGCUGCUUUACAAGUUUUUGCUGAUAUGGGAAAUCACAAUGUCAUAUCUUGGACUUCUAUUAUAACUGGUUGUGCGAAGCAUGGAUUCGCUUCAAAAGCACUAGAAAUGUUUUAUUUAAUGCUUGAAGCUGCAGUAAUGCCUAACGAGGUCACCUACAUUGCAGUUUUAUCAGCAUGUAGUCAUGCAGGUUUGAUCAAUGAGGGAUGGAAACACUUCAAUUCCAUGUAUGAAAUUCAUGGUGUUGUUCCAAGAAUGGAACAUUAUGCUUGCAUGGUUGAUCUGCUUGGCCGAUCUGGAUUGCUUUCUGAAGCUAUUGAAUUUAUCAACUCAAUGCCUUUCAAGGCUGAUGCACUAGUGUGGCGUACAUUCCUUGGAUCUUGUCAAGUUCAUGGCAACACUGUGCUUGGGGAGCAUGCAGCAAAAAUGAUUCUCAAGCAACAACCUCAUGAUCCAGCUGCCUAUGUGCUGCUGUCAAACUUGUAUGCAUCAAAAGGACGAUGGGAAGAUGUUGCAGCAAUUAGAAAGAACAUGAAGCAGAAAAAUUUAACAAAAGAAGCAGGUUGCAGCUGGGUUGAGGUGGAAAACCAGGUGCACAAAUUCCAUGUAGGGGAUACUUCACACCCCCAAGCUGAGAAGAUCUAUAACGAACUUAAUAACUUGGCUUUGAAAAUAAAGAAUGUUGGCUAUGUCCCUAAUACAGAUUUUGUCCUUCAUGAUGUGGAGGAUGAACAGAAGGAACAAUAUCUGUUUCAACAUAGUGAGAAAAUUGCAGUAACAUUUGCUCUUAUUAGUACCUCCAAACCAAAACCUAUUAGAGUAUUCAAAAACCUUAGGAUUUGUGGGGAUUGUCAUUCUGCAAUCAAGUACAUAUCACUGGUAACGGGAAGAGAAAUAGUUGUUAGAGAUGCAAACCGGUUUCAUCAUAUGAAGGAUGGGAUGUGCUCCUGCCAUGACUAUUGGUGAUUGAGAUCCGACAUACAUCCAAUUGAGCAUGGACUUCUAAAGUGACCUGGACUGACCGAUUAUUGUUGCCUAGCCCACAGGUAUUUGAACUUUUGAAAGUCACCCUUGCCUGAAAUUUAGUUCAAAACACAGAAUAUACAUAGGUUAUAUUAAAAUACAAGGAACUAGAUUUUGUUUGCAAGAUGGAGCGCUCCUCAGGAUUUGUGGGUAAAAGUAAGUUAUGGGAUAACAAAAAAUUAUUUUUGAAGGAUGAAGAAGCAAUUGAGCUUGUGGUACUUCUGCGUGAUUGGGAUAAAAAAUUGUGGUUUGGCUUUUCAUUGGCUUUAAGGGUAGACACUAGAGAUAUAUCAAUCUAUGAAUACAGUCCAUGUAGAAUGUUGAUCAAGAAGUCUACCAGGGAUGAGUUCUGUUUGACCUCCAUCGCAUUUAUUUUAAUCUUUUUCUAGUAAACAUGAGGAUCUUUCUGGCCGGGGAAAAAAAAAUGAGGACCAUUUACUAGUUGUUUGAAGCACAACUGUGACUGUAGAAAUGGAGAAGUUGAUUGCUGUGAUUGUGAAAUUCCCCUUAGAUAGGGCAUUCUCAAAGCAAUUAUGGCUCUUUUCUUAAAGAAACAGUAGAUGCUGAUGCUGUCGUUUUUAGGAAUGGGGCUGGUAAGCUUCUUGAGGGAUGAAGCUUCAGUAAGAACAUUCACCAUCAGUGCUUUUAUGACAAAAGCAAUGGCACUUGGGCAGACUUUGGAGAUGGCUCAGGUAAUGGAAUUAAGAGAGAUUUGUAAUGACAUAUUGUGCAAAAGGAGAGAUCUGAGGAGAUAUUUCUUCAUUGAAACAGAGGCAAGUUGUCUUUUCAUGUUCGUUCUAUUUGUUUUCCAGACAGGUCACAGUUGACAAUAAUACUAGUGGCUUUUGAUUGGUUUCCGUGCUGUACUACGCCAGAAAUAUUUCAAACUGUAUUGUUUACAUUCACAAAAAAUAAAUGCAUUUUAGAGGUUUUAUUAUUAUUA